AUGCCGUCCCUCAACGCCAAGUCCGUCAUUGGCGGCAUCACCAACAACAGCAACAACAACAGCAAUACCAACAACAAUAGCAGCGGAAACGGCAACAGCCACUUCCCCCAAAAACUGAAGAACUUCUUCCGCAUCAACAACUCCGCCGACGGCAACAGCAGCAGUGGUAGCCAUACCAGCGAAAAAGCUGGUAUUCUCUCGCUCCGCACCGACAAUACCGUUAGUGGCGGCAACAGCAACGGAAUUGGCAAGACCGGGUUCCGCCAGUCCAAGUUCUUUUCUGUCGGCCGCCUCCGGUCCCAGACCGUCGCCAGCGAAGGCAACAUCCUCGAAGAGUCUCUGAGCCCGACGGCCCUCGCGAACCCCUACUUUGCCCACCAGGGCCAGCCCGGUAUUCGCCAUCACAAUGAAGGCUCGCAGCCGCCGAGCCCACCAGACACCCCGAGCCUAAAGGUGCUAGCCGCCGACGGCGCUGGCAGCCCCGGUGCGGGCUCCGCUGCGGUUGCGGCCACGGCCGCAGCCAACGGCGAGCGCACCACGACCGCCUCCAAAGAAGAGCUGGCUCGCAAGCUGCGCCGCGUUGCCAGUGCCCCCAAUGCUCAAGGCCUGUUUGCCAAGGGCGCGGCGGCCGCCAACGCUGUGGCCAACGGCGGCCCCAUCCCCUCCUCGGGCCUCGGGAACAACGGCUUCAUCGUGGGCGGCAGGGACAGCGACGAGCGCCCACACACGGCCGAGCUUGGCAAGGAUCCCGUCCUCAUGACAAAAAACGCGAGCGGCCUGAGCCUGGUCGAUGCCAAGAAGCUGGCGGCCGCGUCGGGUGUCGUCGGCGUCAGUGCGCUGGCCAGCAGCCCGGCGCUGGUCGAGGACCUUGCCAAUGGCACUGCGGGCGGCGUUCUUGUCGACAAGGACGAGCUGGGCGCGCUGCCGCCACCGGGCCGCUCGCCGCUCGCUUUUCGAAGAACAUACAGCUCCAACUCGAUCAAGGUCCGCGACGUCGAGGUCGGCCCGCAGAGUUUCGACAAGAUCAAGCUCAUUGGCAAAGGCGACGUCGGCAAGGUCUACCUUGUCCGCGAGAAGAAGAGCAGUCGCCUCUAUGCAAUGAAGGUUCUGAGCAAAAAGGAAAUGAUCAAGCGCAACAAGAUCAAGCGCGCCCUCGCCGAGCAAGAGAUUCUGGCCACCAGCAACCACCCCUUCAUUGUCACCCUCUACCACUCGUUCCAAUCCGAAGACUACCUCUACUUGUGCAUGGAAUACUGCAGCGGCGGCGAGUUCUUCCGCGCACUGCAGACCCGCCCGGGCAAGUGCAUUCCCGAGGACGAUGCACGCUUCUACGCGGCCGAGGUCACAGCGGCCCUCGAGUACCUCCACCUGAUGGGGUUCAUCUACCGCGAUCUGAAGCCAGAGAACAUUCUACUGCACCAGUCUGGCCACAUUAUGCUGUCUGAUUUCGACCUCUCAAAACAGUCCGACAUCGGCGGCAAGCCCACCAUGAUUAUCGGCAAGAACGGCGCCAGCACGUCGUCUCUCCCGACAAUCGAUACCAAAUCGUGCAUCGCUAACUUCCGCACCAACUCGUUCGUCGGCACCGAGGAAUACAUUGCCCCCGAAGUGAUCAAGGGCAGUGGCCAUACCAGCGCGGUCGACUGGUGGACCCUGGGCAUUCUGAUCUACGAAAUGCUCUACGGCACAACGCCCUUCAAGGGUAAGAACCGGAACGCGACGUUCGCCAACAUCCUGCGGGAAGAAAUCCCCUUCCCCGACCACGCAGGCGCUCCGCAGAUUUCCAAUCUCUGCAAGUCUUUGAUUCGGAAGCUUCUGAUCAAGGACGAGAACCGGCGCCUGGGCGCCCGUGCCGGUGCAUCCGACAUCAAGGUGCACCCCUUCUUCCGCACCACGCAGUGGGCCCUGAUCCGUCACAUGAAGCCCCCGAUCGUCCCCAACCAAGGCAAGGCCAUCGAUACCCUCAACUUCCGUAACGUCAAGGAGAGCGAGAGCGUCGACAUCAGCGGCUCGCGACCCAUGAAACUCAAGGGCGUGCCCCUCGACAGUGGCCUUUCGACGCCGGGUAACGAGGUCGUUGAUCCCUUUGAGGAAUUCAACAGUGUCACACUACAUCACGACGGUGACGACAACAGCUACGGAAGGUGA